AUGGGUUUUCCAAUGAUGGCUGAUGGACCAGAUGAAUGGCUUGACACUGGUGAUGUUGGAGCAUCACGAGGGUGUGGCCAUAUAUCUGACAGGUUCCUCGGCUUUAUGUUUUUCAUGAUACCAUUGUUGCUUCUUAGCUUAUCAUUCUCACUUCACGCAGUAGCAACUGAAUUUCAAGUUGGUGGGGAGGAUGGUUGGGUGGUGAAACCAUCAGAAGAAUAUAAUCAUUGGGCUCGAAGACAAAUGUUUCAUGUCAAUGACAUUCUAUAUUUUGAAUAUAAGAAAGGGAAUGAUUCAGUUUUGGUUGUGAAGGAGGAGGACUACUAUUCGUGUAACAUUACUAACCCCAUUCAUAAGAUAGACGACGGAAAUUCAACUUUCCGUUUACAUAAACCGAGUAUCUUUUUCUUCAUUAGUGGCAACGUUAGCAACUGCGAAAAUGGUCAAAAGCUAAUCAUUGCUGUCAUGUCCGCUUCUCCGGCGCCAUCUCCAUCCAAAGUUUCGGACUCAGCAAGGCUACUUCAAGGUUAA